ACGUCAACAACAUACAUAUAAAGUCUGGCCUGAGUGCGAAAUAAAAAAAUGAGCAAAUAUAUAGUAUUUUUCGGACUUUUGUUAAUCUUACACGGAAGUUUGUGUUCUGAGAAUGGAUAUGAUAAAAUGAUCGAAGCCAAUAAACAGGAAAUGCGAAGACUGGAAUCGCAGAUGAAUUCGGCGAUGGAUCGACUGAGAACUAUCCAAUUACAAAAAGAAGAAAAGCUUAAAGUUCAGCAGCACAAUCUGGCAUUGUUGGAUAUAUUAUUCGAUUUAUUGGAGCCAAAAUCGGAGGAAAAAUUAAAAACGUUUACUACGCAAACUGGUGAAAUUGGUGCCUAAUAAAACCACUUGGGAUACUUAUUCAUAAGUAUACCACAUGGGAUACAAUAAAGAAUAAUUGAAAGGAUAUACCUCCUCAGAUAGUGAUAUAUUCCACUGAGAAUGAGAAACCUUAAAACAGAAAAUUUAAUAAAGAAUCUUCAUACUUAAACACUUUUUGAAUUGGUUUUAUAUCUUUAUUUUUUUCAACACUUAAACAUACCUAUUUAUAUUUUCUUCCCAUUUGCAAAUAUAUUGAAAUUAAUUUUACAUUCUUAUAAAAAGCGUAACAAUCGAUGAAAUGAGCUGCCUGAGAGCAAGACAAACGAUUUCUUAUCUGAAGUCCAGCAUGUUUAUGGACCGAAUCGCAUCAUCAUUAACGUGUUUCCAGAUCUCGACCAGCAGCAAUCAAAACAUUACCUAAAAAACUGAGUCACAUUGUAUAUUUAGAUUUUCAUAAUCUACUUUCACAUAUGUAUGUAUAUUGCAACGAGCAUUCCAUUGUACGAAAUGGAAAUGAAUAGAGAUUAGGUUCAUUUUAGUUCAGUGCGUCGAAACGUCUACAUCAUAUAAAAUCUGGCCUGAGUGCGAAAUACAAAAAUGAGCAAAUAUAUAGUAUUUUUCGGACUAUUGUUAAUCUUACACGCACAGGAACUGCAAAGACUGGAAUCGCAGAUCAAUGAUUCAUUAAGAAAGCUGGAGGAAAUCAAGUUAAAUAAUGCGGAUAUCAUGGAGUUGGAUCGACUGAGAACUAAUCUGUUACAAAAAGAAGAAAUGCUUAAAGUUUGCGAAAACAAUCUCAAACUUCAGGAGGGCAGUUCGGCAUUCUGGAAUACAGUAAAGGAUUUAGUGCAGCCAAAACUGGAGGAAAAAUUAAAAACUUUUAAUACGGAAACUGUGGUACCCAAUAUAACCACUUGGGAUUUACUAAAGAAUACCACUUUACUAAAGGAUACCAUCAAAAAUAAUUGGAAGGAUAUACCUCGCCAGAUAGUGAUAUAUUUUACUGAGAAUGAGAAACCUUAAAACAGAAAAUUUAAUAAAGAAUCUUCAUAUUUAAACACUU